AUGGAUGAUGAAAUUCCUACUGUUGUUAUUGAUAAUGGGUCUGGGACGGUCAAGGCUGGUUUUGCUGGAAAUGACGCCCCCUCCCAUGUCUUGCAAUCUAUUUAUGGCUACCACAAAUACACGGAUGCAUCAACCAGCUUUGUUGGAAACGAAGCCCAGGAGAAGAGGGGCAUCUUGGCCAUGAAAUACAUCACUGACAACAACUUUGAAACUGACUGGGAGGAACUGGAAAACUAUGUUCCCGUCAAAGCCCCAGACCCCACAUCCAGGCUUGUUGUGGACUGUGGUGAUGGUAACAGUCACACAGUCCCAGUAUAUCAGGGCCACGGUAUGCCCCAUUCCUUUGUUUGCACACCAGUAUCUGGAAGAGGUCUGACGGAGUACCUGGUCAGGAUUCUAACAGAAAGAGGCAACUAUUUCAGAACAACUGCUGAGCAUGACAUUGUGCGAGACAUGAAGGAGAAGCUCUGCUAUGUGGCUUUGGACUUUGAAAAAGAAAUGCAGACGGCAGCUUCCUCCUCCUCUCUGGAGAAGAUCUAUGAGCUUCCUGAUGGACAACAGGUUCAGAUCACCAGUGAAAGGUUCAGAUGUCCGGAGGUUUUCUUCCAACCUUCUUUUAUCGGAGAAGAAUCACCUGGUAUUCAUGAGAACGCUUACAACAGCAUCAUGAAGAGUGAUAUAGAGAUUAGAAAAGAUCUGUAUUCCAACAUUCUGCUUGCUGGAGGAUCAACCAUGUUCCCUGGAUUCGCUGAGCGCUUGCAAAAAGAGAUGAAUGCUUUGGCCCCACCUACUAUGAGAACAAAGAUUUUUGCUCCACCAGAAAGAAAAUACUCUGCAUGGAUAGGUGGCUCCGUCCUGGGGUCCCUCUCCACUUUCCAGCGGAUGUGGGUCACCAAACAGGAGUAUAAUGAGUCUGGCCCCACUAUUGUCCACCACAAAUGCUUUUAAACCGUUUCUCAUUGUAACCCUUUCCCUAAACUUCCAUUUUUUUUCUUUUUGCACCAAGCUGAGAAGAGUCUGUUGUGUCUUUUGCAAUCCAAUAUAUUAUGGUUUUCACUGGAAUCUCAAGUACAAAAAAACUUCUGUUCAAUUGUCUUCAAUUAUAUGUUGAGAGUUCUAUUU